AUGGAUCUACAUCACUUGAGUUUGCAAGUUCGCGCGGAUGGGACGGAUACUUUCCUCCAGCUUAUUUCGAACCCAUUUCGCUCUGCAUUUGCAGGUACCGCUAUUUGGGCUUCGCUCGGCACCUCGAUCGGCGUCACUGUUCUCCUCACUCUCCUCUUCUCCCUUGUUCGACCCCGUCACUCGCUUGUAUAUGCGCCCAAAGUAAAACAUGCAGACCUUAAACACGCUCCACCCCCGGUGGGCAAGGGCUUCUUCGCCUGGGUCAAACCGGUCAUUCAGACACGGGAAUCACAGCUGAUCGAGACAGUCGGCCUGGACGCCGUAAUCUUUCUCCGCUUUACAACAAUGUGCCGCAACAUCUUCGUCUUUCUCAGCAUUAUCGGCUGCCUCGUCAUGAUACCGGUCAAUAUCACACAAAGCAAGGGGUCUACUGGCUCAUCGGCGACUGCCGCCUUUAGUAUGAUGACACCCCUCAACAUCACCAACCCCAUGGCCAUCUGGAGUCAGGUAGUAUGCGCCUGGGCUUUUGACCUCAUUGUUGUCUUCUUUUUAUGGAAGAACUAUCGCGUUGUACGGAACCUGCGACGGCAAUAUUUCCAAAGCUCUGAUUACCAGCGCAGUAUGCAUGCCAGAACCUUGAUGAUCACGGAUAUCCCUCUCAAUAGUCGUACCGACGAAGGUAUCCUGCGGCUUACCGACAAGGUCAAUCCAACCGCGGCUCUCCCCCGAGCUGCGAUUGGUCGUAAUGUCAGAGAUUUACCCCGGAUCAUCAAAGAGCAUGAAGAGGUCGUCCGAGAACUCGAGUCCGUUUUGGCCAAGUACCUCAAGAAUCCGGACCGACUACCCGCGAAAAGACCUACUCUACGCCCUCCUCGCCGACAACGUCACCAACUUCCCGGCAGUAGAGUGGAUGCGAUCGAUUAUCUAUCUCUCCGGAUUCGCGUAUUGGAGGAGGAAAUCAAGCAUGGACGUGCCUCGAUUGAUCGUCGGAACGCAAUGCCCUACGGCUUUGCCAGUUGGGACAACAUCGAGCACGCUCAUUCCGUGGCAUGGAACGCUCGCCGCAAGCGCCCCGAGGGCACCAGUAUUACUCUUGCGCCGCGGCCAAGCGAUAUCAUCUGGGAAAACCUACCCCUUACCAAAUCAGCACGCAAAUGGAAGCGAUUGGUCAAUGUUUUCUGGGUGACAUGCUUGACUCUUGUAUGGAUUGUUCCUAACGGUCUGAUUGCCAUUUUCUUGUCCAACCUGUCAAAUCUGGGUUUGGUAUGGCCGGCGUUCCAGACUUCGCUGGCAAGGAACCCAACGGUUUGGGCUGCUGUCCAGGGUAUUGCAUCGCCCGCACUGACUUCGCUCGUGUAUCUGGCUCUCCCGGUCAUCUUCCGUCGACUAUCUGUCCAAGGUGGCAGCAAGACUAAAACAUCUCGAGAGCGCCAUGUGCUGGGGCAUCUGUACGCCUUCUUCGUUUUCAACAAUCUGAUCGUCUUUUCGUUUUUUUCGGCAGCUUGGUACUUCGUGUCAUUCGUGGUUGACAGAACCCACGACCACGAAGGUGCUUGGCAAGCCAUCCUGGAAAGCCGGAUGUAUGCCAAGUUGGUAAGCGCACUAUGCACCGUAUCGCCUUUUUGGGUGACGUAUCUUUUGCAGCGCAAUCUUGGCGCUGCCCUUGAUCUUGUGCAGCUGGUUACCAUUUUUUGGGUCUGGUUUUCCAAGACAUUACUCUCACCCACACCCCGACAGGCAAUUGAAUGGACCGCACCACCACCGUUCGACUACGCCAGUUACUAUAACUACUUCCUCUUCUAUGCCACCGUGGCUUUCUGUUUCGCUACCUUGCAACCCAUUGUACUGCCGGUGACGGCGUUUUAUUUUGGGGUGGAUGCCAUGUUAAAGAAGUAUCUAUUGAUGUACGUGUUUGUGACUAAGAAUGAGUCUGGUGGUGCGUUCUGGCGAGUUUUAUUCAAUCGCUUGAUCUUCGCCAGUAUUCUUUCCAACGUGAUCAUCGCUCUUGUUGCCAAGUCGAGCGGCACGUGGGACAUGGUGUUCUGCGUGGCACCCCUGCCUUUCUUGAUGAUUGGGUUCAAAAUCUAUUGCAUGAAGAAGUUCGACUCCGAUUGCGAGUUCUACAAUCGUGCAAACCUGAACGAUUUCGAGGCCUUGGGCGUGAACCCGGCCGAUAAGAAAGCAUCAGACCGUUUGAACACCAAGUUCGGACACCCUGCCCUGUACAAACCACUUUUGACACCUAUGGUGCACGCCAAGGCAGCCGCGGCACUAAAGGAAAUCUAUCAGGGUCGUCUGGACCAGGGAGAAACGGACGGCGAGUACUCAGACAUUGCAAUGAACUCAAUGCUCGCAUCCCAGCCCGGCAAGUCUGCCGAACCCGCACCCUUCGAGGUUGUCCCGGAGAACCAUCUCGACUUCUCGUAUUACAAGGAUCGAGCAGACUUCCGAGACGAUUUUGGAGGCGGUAUCUACGGCCGACCCGAUGACCAGAUGACAGAGCGCUCGCACACACCCCGCAGCAAUCUAAGAGGCGAGUGGUCUCCCGGCUCCUCCCGUGCCUCAUCACCGGCACCCUCUGUAUCAUCAAUGCCAUCGCUUAACAUGUAUAAUGGCUACGACCAUUUGGAUCCGACUGGACUGGCCCACCCGGCCUUCCAUGUGCCGCUAUCGCGGGGCGAAUGUGACCCCUCUGGAGCAUAUUCAAAUGCCGACGAGGCGGAAUCAAGACUACUCAGUCAUGCACAGGCUCCCGCGCAGACGGAUAUCACGAAUCCGCUCGGUCGCUGGCGGAGUGGUGGGUAUGGACCUGUUGACCAGGACGACGAGCCCUCGUACACCUCCUACGACGCUUACCGUUCGCAGCGGUAA